AUGGAAAAGUCCCCUGAAUACCAAAUUGACUCCCAAAAAUACAUCAGCAGUGCAGCCCUCCCUGAGGUAGCCCUGGCCCAAGAACAAAGUUUCAACAGGAAGAAGGAUGACUCUUGGUUGGGUAAGGUCAAGGUCAGGUUGUCUCAGAUGGAGCAGCUCCCUGGCAACCGGGAGGUCCAACGGGAGUUUGUUAAAAAGUAUUUCGCAGCAUGGGGAAUGAACAUCACCGGUGACAGACACCCUAUGGCUGGCAUUCUCACAUCAGAGCCAGGCAGUGUGAGGCUGGGGGCUUCAGAAUUCUUGCCAUCACACCUCAAGGUCUACCUGUGCCAUGGUCAGCAUAGGAAGCGAGUCCUUGAGAAUGCCAUCCAGUUGGCUUUGACCAAGGAAACAAUGGCAGAGAGUGGAGAUGAGGAUCCUGAACCCCACGAGUUCCAACUGGAAGAAGUGCAUCAGCAUAAAGAUGGAUUGGAUUUUGGACAAUGGAUGUCUACCGAAAUUCUCACAUUCUCAAACAUGGAAGAGGACCUUGAACAUCCCAAAAGGGGCAAAAAUGUGAUGAAGUGGAGUUGGAGCCAGUUUGAGAGGGUCCAGAAGGUUGGUGGUGAAUUGCCUGGGAACUUACUUGAACCCAAGGGAGAAGAGGAGUGGACGAUUGAGCCUGGGAUGUUCUACCACGCUGAACAUCUGCUCACAAACUCUGAGAGAAGAUAUGGUAAAAAUGUAUAGAAGAACCCAGGAAAAGGGAUUUGGGGCUGCACCCUGGGGAUUUUGUGAGCUUGAAAGAAAGAGAAAAAUCAGACGUUUCUAUGGGUACUAAUCAUUUGAAAUUUAGUUGAGUGGUUGAAAAGUUAUAAGGGUGGACAUUUCUGCACCCUGGACCC